UUCCCCUUCCCGCUCGACGCCUUCCAGCGCGACGCGCUCCGGAGUUUGCGCGCGGACCGCAACGUCAUCGUGAGCGCGCCGACGGGCAGCGGCAAGACCGUCGCGGGCGAGCUCGCCAUCGCCUACGCGCUGAGCGUCGGCAAGCGCGUCUUCUACACGACGCCCCUCAAGGCGCUCAGCAACCAGAAGUUCGGCGACUUUUGCGCGCAGUUCGGCGCGGGCCGCGUCGGCCUCAGCACGGGCGACUCGGGCGUGCGCCGCGACGCGGCCGUCGUCGUCAUGACCACGGAGGUCUUCCGGAACAUGAUCUACGACGACGAGGGCCGCGCGGAGAUCGCCAAAGACGUCUUCGCCGUCGUCUUCGACGAGUUCCACUACAUGAACGACGCGCAGCGCGGCACGGUCUGGGAGGAGUCCGUCGUCGGCUGCCCGGCGACCGCGCGCAUCGUCGCGCUGAGCGCGACCGUAUCCAACGCGCGCAGCGUCGCCGGCUGGAUGGCGUCGAUCCACGGGCCCACGGACGUCGUCGAGACGGACUUCCGCCCCGUGCCGCUGCGCUACGAGUUCGCGGGAGACGGCGCCGUCCUCAACCCCGCGCUCGACAAGCCGCGGGAAAAACCGAAGCGCGUCGGCCGCGACAAAUUCGACCGCCGAGGGGGGAAGUUUGACGACGGCGCCAUGCCCAGCCGCGAGAUCCUGAAGAAUCUACAGAAGCGCGACCGCCUGCCGGCGAUCUUCUUCGUCUUCAGCCGCAAGGGCUGCGAGAACGAGGCGGCGCACUGCGGGUCGCUCCAACUCUUAGACGUCGACGAGGAGACGCGCGCGCGGAAGCGGAUCCGCGCCUGGGCCCUGGAGAACGAGGACGUCGCGCGCCUCGACAGCGAGCGGGAGCGCGUCGACCUCCUCACGCGAGGCGUCGCGGCGCACCACGCGGGGCUCCUGCCGCAGUACAAGACGCUCGUGGAAGAGCUCUUCCGCGACGGCUUGGUCAAGGCGUGCUUCGCGACGGAGACGCUCGCCGCGGGCGUCAACCUGCCGGCGCGGACGACGGUCGUGACGUCUCUCGUCAAGCGCGGCGACGACGGCAUGGAGCCCCUGACGACGUCCGCGCUCUUGCAGAUGGCCGGCCGCGCGGGCCGCCGCGGCAAGGACGCCGCGGGC